AUGCUCUUUCAUACGCUCGCUCCUCUCGCCCUCCUCCUCCUCUCGGGAGGCAGCCUCGCAGCCGCCGCGCCCGCCGCCUCACCUGCCGCCGGCGGCAGCAGCCCCGCCGCCAAGAUCAUCGAGCAGAUCAUGCCCAAGUCGGCCUCGUGCGACGGCGCGCCCGCCGCCGGCGGCGGCGCCGACUGCCGCACCGCCGCCCAGGCCGCCGACUUCUUCGUCGCCGGCUUCCAGCGCUGGUCCGUCUACGCGCCCGCCCAGAUCGCCGCCGUCCUCGCCGUCUCGGCCCUCGAGUCCGACGAGCUCAGGUACAAGCACAACGUCAGCCCCGGCCGCCCCGGACAGGGCACCUCCAACAUGCAGAUGAUCCACUACAACCUGCUCUACGCCCGCGCCGUGCCGGAGCUCCGGCCCAAGGCCGACGCCAUCGCCGGCGGAGCCGCCGCCGCGGGCGAGAGCCUGCCCGCCGACAAGGCCGACGCCGUGCUCGCGCUCGUCACGCCCGACGAGUACAACUUCGCCUCGGGCGCCUGGUUCCUCGCGACGCAGUGCUCCGCCGACGUCCGGAGCCAGCUGGCCACCGGGUCCGACGCCGGCUGGGCCGCCUACAUGGGCUGCAUCGGCGUGCCGGCCGACGACCCGGCCCGCGUCAAGUACUGGACCGCGGCCAAGGCGGCCUUCAACAUUUCCUGA